GCCUCAACAGUGAUUGAGUCUGCUUUUAGCUUGCCUUCACCUGCCUUGGCUUAUUCUGUUCGUGAGCAGCUGUUUGGCCCAUAGAUUAGAGAAAACAGCCUUUUUUUUUUUUUUUCUUUCCCAAGAGAGUCUCCUCUCUAUGCUAAGAGAGAUGGGGAGCGGGGAGCCUAAUCCUGCUGGCAAGAAAAAGAAGUACCUCAAGGCCGCCCUGUACGUGGGUGAUUUGGACCCUGAUGUCACUGAGGACAUGCUCUAUAAGAAGUUCAGGCCCGCUGGCCCUCUGCGUUUCACCCGAAUCUGCCGUGACCCAGUGACCCGCAGUCCCCUGGGCUAUGGCUAUGUUAACUUCCGCUUUCCUGCGGAUGCUGAAUGGGCCCUGAACACCAUGAAUUUUGAUUUGAUUAAUGGCAAACCAUUCCGCCUCAUGUGGUCACAGCCAGAUGACCGUUUAAGAAAAUCUGGUGUUGGAAAUAUAUUCAUCAAAAACCUGGAUAAAUCAAUUGAUAAUAGGGCCCUGUUCUAUUUGUUUUCGGCUUUUGGGAACAUUCUCUCCUGCAAAGUUGUAUGUGAUGACAAUGGCUCUAAGGGUUAUGCCUAUGUGCAUUUUGACAGCCUGGCCGCUGCCAAUAGGGCCAUCUGGCACAUGAAUGGAGUUCGGCUGAACAAUCGCCAGGUAUACGUUGGUAGAUUCAAAUUCCCAGAAGAGCGUGCAGCUGAAGUUAGAACCAGGGAUAGAGCAACAUUCACUAACGUUUUUGUUAAAAACUUUGGAGAUGACAUGGAUGAUGAAAAACUGAAGGAACUUUUCAGUGAAUAUGGGCCAACUGAGAGUGUAAAGGUAAUAAGAGAUGCCAGUGGUAAAUCUAAAGGCUUUGGGUUUGUAAGGUAUGAGACACACGAGGCUGCCCAAAAGGCUGUGCUAGACCUGCAUGGAAAGUCAAUUGAUGGGAAAGUCCUGUAUGUAGGGCGAGCACAGAAGAAAAUUGAACGCCUAGCUGAGUUAAGGCGGAGAUUUGAACGGCUGAGAUUAAAAGAAAAAAGUCGACCUCCGGGGGUGCCUAUCUAUAUUAAAAACCUGGAUGAGGCCAUCGAUGAUGAAAAACUGAAGGAGGAAUUUUCUUCAUUUGGAUCAAUUAGCAGAGCCAAAGUGAUGAUGGAAGUAGGGCAAGGCAAAGGUUUUGGUGUUGUCUGCUUUUCUUCUUUUGAAGAGGCUACCAAAGCAGUCGAUGAGAUGAAUGGUCGAGUAGUGGGCUCCAAGCCCCUGCAUGUCACCCUGGGCCAGGCCAGGCGCAGGUGGUGAGAAUCAGAAUUUCAAUUUGUUUCAGCCUUAGCUGGUGCCUACUUCAGGCUCCUUUGUGAUAAGGGGUUAUUUUACGCCAAUUCACAGUUGUUGUUGUUGUUGUUUUUUAAGUGAAUACUUUCUUUUGAAAACAAAGUGAAACUAGAAAGCCUUGUUCAUUUUAGUGAACAUAAUUUCUAAUUGUAAAAUUGUCUUUUUAUACAAUUUUUGAUAUAAUAUCCUUAGUGAUGUGUAGAAUAAAAUUU